UGUGCCGUAAGUGAAAAAAUGGAGGAGAUUUUGUACUCUUUUUUUUAAUUUAUUUUUUUAAAAAAGAAACAAUUAGAAAACCAAUUCCUCAGACAUCUCCCUGCCACUCCUGGGAAUUUGCUGUUGUAAAAGAGGUUAUCAAAGGGAUUAAUUUUAAAAAAAAUUAUUUUGCAAAGGAAAAAAAGGAAAAUCUUUUUUCAUCUUAUUUUGGGAAGUGGUGUUUGCAAACCUGAGUGAUGCCUGUGUUGUUUUUCUCUCCUAGAUCCACACGCCAGCAGCAGGGACCAGUGACCCACCUUGUCCUUGCUUCACUCGGUGCAGGAGCGGAAAGCCGCUGGCCGAUCCCGCCGGCCGGACUAGCAUGCCCGUGCUCCACUUGCACCUGUACCUCACUGCCUUGGGCUUCUGGAUGACACAGCAGUCCAGCUCCUUCCUGCUGCCCAACGCUACCGAGCUCCUGUCCCCCCCCGGGGGCCGAGCCGCGGGCCUGCUGUGGGGUGUGGGGGUCCCCCGGAGCCGUCGGAAGAGAUACCUCUCCCCCCGUGACAUGAGCAUGAUUCUGGACUACCACAACCAAGUGCGGGCACAGGUUUCCCCCCCUGCCGCCAACAUGGAGUAUAUGGUGUGGGACGAGCGGCUGGCCAGGGCAGCGGAGGCAUGGGCUGCACGCUGCCUGUGGGACCACGGCCCCCCCCAGAUGAUGAAAUAUGUGGGGCAGAACCUCUCCAUCCACUCGGGCAGGUACCACUCCGUCAUGGACAUGGUGAAAUCGUGGCACCAGGAGAAGCAGCACUACUCCUUCCCCCAGCCCCGCGAGUGCAACCCCCGCUGCCCCUCCAAAUGUAGCGGCUCUGUCUGCAGCCACUACACGCAGAUGGUGUGGGCAUCCUCCAGCCGCCUGGGCUGCGCCCUCAGCACCUGCACCAACGUGCGGGUGUGGGGCAGCACGUGGCGGCAUGCCAUCCUCCUCGUCUGCAACUAUGCCAUCAAGGGCAACUGGCUGGGAGAAGCGCCGUACAAGGUGGGGCGACCGUGCUCAGCCUGCCCCCCUACCUACGGCGGGGGCUGCUCCAACAACAUGUGCUUCACCGGACUCAAAUCCAACCAAGUCAGCUGGUUCUAGGGCUGCAGCCCCACGAGUUGCCCCUGGGAAUGGGGUUGGGGUGAAUGAGAAUUAUUUAUAACACUGACCCCCCCCCCCCAGCCCAGAUGUCCAACCUGCUUCAUCCCUAGUGCCGCGUAGGAAACUGCUUUUUUAACACACCUCUCUGGCAGCGCCCGUGUUGUCUGGCUGCUUCCCACGUUGGGGGAAAUAGGGACAGUUCAAGUCCCUCUUUCCCAAAAUAGGGAUGGUUUGGGGGUGCAUGGAGGGAGCUAGGUUGGCUGGCGUGGUCCCUGCUCCGCAGGCCGGGGGGGGGAGGUGUUCCCCACUGCCUCCCACCUGUGCUAAGCAGAGGCUGUUGUAAGCAAAUACAGAGAUGUUCCCCUCGUGGCAAGCGGCUGGAGAAGUGAGGAGCCCUGAGCGUGCCCCCACUGCAUCGCAGCCCCUUCAGCAACGGGGCUCCCAGCUCUGAGCCCCCCAAUAAAGCAGCCUGGAGACCCUGUGCUCGUGUGGGUCCUCCCUUACUUGCAGCCUGGAGCCUUGGGGUAACGCUGAGCCGGCGCCUUUGCUCUGGUUUGGGGGGUAAACAGCAAAGGGGUGCAGAAGCCCUUGGUGGGGUCACGGCCCACGGCCCCGGGAGAUGCUCAGGCGCUUUGCUCCAUCGUGUGGGAGAAGCCAGCACUGCUGGGACACCGGGUGACAAUGACGCUGAAGGGCCACAAGCUCCCUGUCCCACCCAGGCUGCCCCACACCACCCCACUGC